CUUCGAUUCUCACCUCCCUGUUCCAACUCUUGUUAUCUUUGUCGUCUGCUAGCGAGCCUGUCGUAAUGUGGAGUGCACGGCGAAUGUCGUUGAACCUCUUCAGCGUGAACGAGAUUAAUCUGUGCAGUGGAGUGCGAAGGAGAAAAGAAAAAAAAAGGAGUAAGGGUAGAACAUUGUUAAGACUGAUAUUCCAUAUUUACGACCAUGUUGGUAACAAUGUCACACGACGAAGGGAAAACGUCAUAGCACAUUAACCUCCACCUAACUGAACAUGUUGUGAUUGAGUUGUAUGGAAAAAUUCCACCGAGAUGGCAAAUAAUUUUGAUGAAAUACUUUUAUUUUUUUAACUAAAAAUAUCUUUCAUGAUACUUUAACAUUUUGAAAAAAAAGUUCAAAUAAUUUAAGCGCCAUCUGGCUAAAGAAACUAUUCUACCAUGUGGACACACGCACUCACACAUUUGUAUUUAAAGUGAAAUCGCAUAUUAAGUCGAUUACGACAAUCUUUGACUGUAUGUAACAAAGGACAACCUGAGUGCCUCUAUUCAGAUCUUUCAUUAAAAAAAAAAAAAAGUCAUUUACGCGGAACGCAUUCCCGAAGCAAGGGCUGCCGAUGUCAUGGACCCCUGAUGCAGAUGAUGCUUGCUUGCAAAGUACUGUCUGUUCUGUUGGUGUAUCAGUAUGUGCUUGCUGAGUCAGGCCAAUUGUCCGACUUAAGAGGAAGAUACAGGAGAUGGUUAAAGGCAACACCAAAAAAUGCUGAAUCUAGACCGGACUUCACAUGGGCCAGCAGCAACAUGAAAAAAACUGUGAGUGUGUCAGAACACUCGACUAUAAUACUUCCAUGCGAUGUACACACUUCAAAUAAGGAUGCUGUCAAAGAGAUCAGCUGGUUCAAGGAUGGAAAAAGCAUUCCCAAGUUGCCACAAUUUAAAAUAAAGGACAUGGAACUAAGAAUCGAUUACUUGUCUGAGAGAGACAGUGGUAACUACACCUGUCAUGUUGUUGGACUAAAUACUCAACUUUCCUGGACUUACCAGGUUGUUGUUACCAAAGGAAAACCAUCACAUGUUCCUUUCAUCACAAAUGGUCCCAAAAACACAACAGUGAAGGUUGGGGAGAAAGCCCAUUUCAUAUGUGAAAGCCACAACAAGUCUGGAAGCAUUACAUAUCAGUGGAUACAGCAUCAUCUCAUCAACAAUUCCUACGAAAAUGAGACUGGAACUCCAUAUAUUUCCAUACUUAAGACAGAAAACUCUCCUAAGCAGCCAUCCGAGCUUUUCCUGGAAAAUGUGACAAAGAGUCAUGAAGGCUGGUAUACCUGCUCUGCCAGAAAUUCACUUGGCUACCAUCAUGAAAGUGCUUACCUCCAUGUGUUAGAUCAGGAUGACAUAUUGAAGUCUGGCGUACCUCGUGAAGGCAGUGCUCACCAAAACAGAUUUGGCAACAGCCCUUUCCUUUUGAUUAUAGGUCUUAUUGCAGGUGCUUUGGUUCUGAUCAUUGUUGUGACUGUGGCAGUGGUCAUCUUCAGGUACAAACACAAGCAGCAGGCCAUCAAGUAUCAAGUCUCCCACACAAAGGAGCCUGUUGUUUCUCGGCCAUUGAUGCCAAAGCCUCGCCGCGGCUGUACAGCUUAUCCUCCACCACCUCCUCCUGUUUAUGUGCCCUUUGACGCAGAAUGGGAGUUCCCUCGGAAUAGGCUUACUUUCCUGGGUACAGUUGGAGAAGGUGCAUUUGGUGUAGUGAAGCAGGCUACAGCUUACGGCAUUGGUAAAGUACCAAAAGCCAGCACUGUAGCAGUGAAAAUGCUCAAAGACAGUGCAUCCCGAACUGAGCAGAUGGACUUUAUCCAAGAGCUUGAGGUGAUGAAACAGGUCAAAAAGAUGGGCAGCCAUAUCAACAUUGUAAAUUUCUUGGGCUGCAGUACACGCAAUGGCCCAUUGUUGCUGAUCGUGGAAUAUGCUAAAAAUGGCAACUUGCGAGACUUUCUAGAAACCUGCAGGGAUGGCAUCAAUGGCUAUGGCAGAUAUGUUUCUCCUGAUGAUCCUGCUUGGUUCACAAAGACGCCUGGGGGUCAAGUGAUCAGUCGCAAGAAUCUCAUAUCGUUUGCCUUCCAGGUGUCUCGUGGCAUGGAAUUUUUGUCAUCAAAAAAGUGUAUCCAUCGGGAUCUGGCGGCUCGCAAUAUUUUGGUUACCGAGGACUUUAUUUUGAAAAUUGCUGACUUUGGACUUACCAGAAAUGGUGAAUACUACAAGAAAAGAUCAAGUGGCCGAUUGCCUGUAAAAUGGAUGGCUCCAGAAGCAUUGUUUGAUAUGCGAUUCACCAUGAAGAGUGAUGUGUGGUCCUUUGGAGUGUUGCUUUGGGAGAUCUUCUCCUUGGGUGGUAUGCCAUACCCAACUAUCCCACAUGAAGAGCUGUAUAGCAAAAUAACAGAAGGUUAUCGAAUGCCUUGCCCAGAACUGGCAACAGAAAACAUAUAUGCCAUAAUGGUGAGAUGCUGGGACAAGCAACCUAACGAACGCCCUGACUUUUCUCAGCUGGUAUUGCAGCUGGACAGGCAGCUUAUGUGUUCUCUGAGUGAUGAGGCUUAUGUUGACAUGAGUCAAAUUGCCGUCUGAAUUCUGCAACUUAACUCAAGCAAAUCGGAUGGAUCUGCAACUGCAGUAAACCUGCUAGAAACUUGUAGCCCGGCACACCACAUAACACUUUAACUAAAAAGUAGCAACGUAAAAGAGUAAACGCAGCAGAUAAGUUAGAUAAUCUGAAGUUCUCUAAUUCAUUUUUGUAACACGUAAGCCAUUUAACUAAACUACUAGUGAGUUGUGGUUCUUUCAUAAGUUUAUACUUUCAAAUUAGGAUUUUGGCAGUUCUGAAUGGAAGGAUUAUUGUUAUUCAAGAAAUUGAUGACCAGAACAGAAACUUAAGUCAAUCUGUUGAAAACAAGAAAGGAGUUUGGAGAUGUAUCUGUUUAAGCAAGGUCAAAGAGUACCUGAUUGAUAGGGGUUAAACAGGGGAGUGAAUUCUAUGACCGGCAAGCACUGAAUUGUGAUGACAUGUUUCUUUAAAGUAUAUAAAAAGUUCUUGUACAAAAUACCCUAUAUUCCUGAAAGCUGUACAUUUUGUAUUUUUACAGUAAAUCCGCGUAUAAUACUGGGGGAGACUGUGAUAAGUACAAUAAGGUGAUCUUAUUGUGAAGUAAUGGCAUUUGUAUGGCUGGGUUUCCCAAGUAACAAAGGAAUGUAGUAAUAAGAAAAUAUGUAUUUCUGAUUUACUUUGUUAUAUGCAUAGUCUUCUUACUUUGAUGCACUGUUUUCCAGAAGAUGAAAAUAUUGCUCAAAAGAAUUAUGACAAAGUCUUACCACAAAGUGUUCUGUUUCAUAAAAGUACCACUGUACCACCACAGAUUUUCUAAGGUCUGAUGCCCUGGUGUUUUAUUGCCCACAGGUUGCCAUCUGUGUUCUUAAAUUUUAUAAAAAGUUUCUCCAAGGUGCUGUGAUUUUUUUUUUUAAUUACCAAUUCACAUCACUUUUGUCCUGAUAAUUUAUCUACUAAGCUGCACAGUCGAUAUUUAAAAAUUUAUUUAAAAGCAUACCAGAGAUGUUUAGAUUUUUAUACUAACUAUAAUUUAAACAUGAUUUGAUGCUAAGAUUUCAUAACAAGUUUCUUAUUUUUAAAGUAUUACCACAGGUGUUCUUAUGUAUAAAUAUAUGUAACAUCCCAUGUUGUUUGCUGAUCUCUACAAAUAUUGGGUUGGUGUAUUGUCAAACAAAUUUCCAUACAUGUUUUAUUGUCAAACAUAUUACUAUAGGUUUUCAGGUGUAAUCUAUAUCACCAUAAGUGUUCUACUGCAUAAGCAUCACCAUAAGUGUUCUGCUGUUUCACCGACAGCUUACCAAAGUAUCUACUGCCAAAGACUGCAUAACCUCUGUGUUUCGCUCAUUAUCUUGUGCCUACAAAAACAAAACUUUAUUUGUUAUUUUGACUAUCCAUCAUGGCACUAGAGUCUUCAACCACUAAAUUUGACUCUUCUUUUUUGUGUGUACCUCCAUAUUGUGAUUUGUCUAUUAAUAACAAAAUAUUGCAUUAAUACAGUAUUGUCCUUUAAAAUAACUAAUCCCUUCUGUAUAAUAGCUUAAAGUUCUUUGACUUCAAAGAACAUUAAGCAGUAAAGCAAAAUGAUCCUGGGAGAGGCCAAAGGAGUGCUAAGAAAAGGAGAAAAACUUUUCAUUGUUCUUUGAAGCCUGUAGGAAAUUACUGGGUUCAUAUAGAAACUGUUCGUAGCAGAAGAUUGCUUUGGAACAAUUUGUGGACCUAACAUCACGAAUAAGUAGGAUUGUGCUAGAAAGCACAUGUUUACAUGAAAGAAUGCCUAUUGUAAGUGCCAUAUACUAGCGAAGCUUCAUCUUACAAAAAUAGUUGGCCAUUCCUAUCACAUUAUUCAUGUUCUGUGACAGGCAAAGGCAUCGAUGAGCAAACUGUUUCACAUGAGUUUCAAUAUGCAUGUUUAAUAGAUAUAAACAUUUGCCAAACAUAUCAAAACACUUGGUAUUGUGUUUGACUGUUAACAGUGUGAAUAGUUUUAUUUUUUUUUUACCCAAGACUACCAAUGUCUUGCUUUCUCAUUAUCAUUGAUACCACACCCCUGUGUUCAAUGUAAAGUACAUUUUUUUUGUUUUGUAAAUGAUCUAGCUUGAACCUACAUCCUUUUUGUUUUUGAGUUCUUGUACAUUCAAAAUGUUCAGAAACAGAUGUGUUCAUUUUAAAAAAGUAUUUUUCAUAUAUUGUUUUGUCCUAUUUUAAACUUUCUAUGCAAAUGUUUUCUAAUGAUGUAUAGUGUGUGCACAUUAUACAGUUUGCUGGAGUCUUAAAUUUCGUAAUAACUGUUACACACCCAUAUGCAGACACAUACACCUGUGUGGUGUUUGUCAGUCCAUUAACGGGGAACAAAAACAAGAUGCCCCCAGUUCCCCAAGGUACUUGAUUACAAACCAAAAGAUUCCUUAAAAGAAUUGCAUUUGCAGUCCUCUUACAAAAAAGUGUCCAAUGUCUGUGGUUAGUAUGGUUUGCACUUAUAACUCUGCACCCUACCUCACAUGUUCCCAGCCCCACUUCUAUGCCUCCCCUAACUUCGGUCCAAACCCUAAACCCCACCCAAAAUUGAGACCCAAAGCAUAAAACAAAUUUACCACUUGUCAAGUGUUCAAUAGUUUAUGCAUGUACACAAAAAUGGCAGCUAUAAAUGAUAUCCAAGUGCUUUUUACCCCCACAUACAAAAAGAAUAUGCACUACUCAGCAUGGAAAUACUAUUCCAGUAUCUUAAAUAAUCCAGAUGUAAAAGUGUUACAUGUGCAACGAAGUUAUUAGCUAAAUACUGUUCUGUUCAUUGUGUAGUGAGAUGUUGCAUUAUGCGAAUACAAAGUUCUCAAUGUUUUGAUUUUAUAAUUUCCUACUUUUUGAGAAUGCUUCAAACUGCCCUGUUGAAAAGAAAUUUAAAAAUCCAGGUCCCAGAAAAUAUGUUAAUAGAUUUAACUUUGAUGAGACAAAAUUAUCAUGCCAGUGCUGAGAAUUUUAGUCUAGGGGUAUCAAGUUAAUAUUACUUGAAUGUCCUUGUUUUUUGGGGUUUUUUUUUCCUAUGCUAACAGUUGUUUUUAUUUUUGACUUGGGCUUCCAUGUUCAGAAAGCCUUCUUUCAUUCAGUUUAAUUGAAAUUGCUUUUACAUCCCAGAUAAUAUGUUUCAUCAGUUUAUUCUAUUCACAAACAAUAUAUUGUGCAAUUAUUUACUGAUCUUUUCAAGUACUUGUGUUCUUCUAUCACCAAAAUGUUUGAGUGAUUAGAAAAAAUGGAUUUCUUUUUCUUUGGCCAUGGAGAUUUUGUAUGCAUUGAGCAUUGACAUGUUUUAGUGGGAUGCUUUGUUUUUGGGUUUUUUUUUAAUACCAUCACCGCCAUGAGACUAAAAUUAAUGUAAGCAGUGGUAUUUUUUUCCUCAGGCCUUUUAAGAAGCUGAUAAAAAUUUACUUUGUAUAAAAACAAAAAUAUAUAUGGAGAAUUAGUGAGGCUCUGAAAUGUUAUUUGACUGCAAAUUGGAAUUUUGUUCUCUCCUCAGACGCUUGCUCCAACAGGUGAUAGGAAAAGAUUACUGACCACCCAGUAGUGAAUGGUGGGUACCUGUUAACUUGAAAGACAAAACUUUGCAUGCUUGUACAUUUAAAAGCAGGGGAAAAGUUGAAGCCAUCAAGAAUUCUGCUGAUUUUAGAACAAGUGAUUUUUGAGAGUUUGGGGUAGUUUUUUUAUUUCUGUUUAAUACUUUCAUUCAUUUAAUGUUAAAAAGCUGUAAAAAAAUUAUAGCUUUAAUACCUUUUGUUUAAUGAUUGAAAUAUCACUGCCGUCCUGAAACAGAAAUAAAAAUUUGUUUGAUGUA